GUUUGGAAGGCACUUUGAAUCCCCGCUCCUGUGGCAGAGCAUUGUCAUGAUCCUCACCAUGCUGUUGAUGCUGAAGCUCUGCACCGAGGUUCGUGUGGCCAAUGAACUGAACAUAAAACGCCGUUCCUUUGCAGCCACAGACAGUAAGGAUGAAGAACUCAGAGUCCCCCCCAGGCGGCCCUACCUGGCUCACAGAUCUGGAGAUUACAAGACAAAGGAGAAGGUAAAAGAAAAAGAUGAAUCAUUUCUACAGAAAAUGAGCCCAGAACAACAAUUGAAUUCUUCAAUUAAAAUCACUAAGUGCCAAGCAAGACAGUACCACCCUGCCAUUCUUCUGGGACGUGAGAGAAAAUCAAGAACAGCAGAUAGCCACCCAGAAACUCUCAUAUCCUAGUAUCUUGGGGGACCAAUUUCAACAAAAAUAUAGUCAGCUUUUCUGGAGUCUCCCGUCCCUGCACAGUGAAUCUCUAGUGGCCGCUGCCUGGAUCCCUCGGGGCUCUUGUACUCUACCCUCUCCCUUCUCCUUCUUCAAUGCCAUCUCCAAUGUUUAUCCUGUUCUGAGGCAGGAUGGAAUGUCCCCAGUGCUUUCCCAGUCACAUCAUCAGUCCUACCUGGAGCUCCGAUCCUCAACUUUAAUUCUGUCUUCAUCCCAAUUCCCGCACCAACCUCUGAAUCAGGCCCAGAGUCAUCAGGCCUGAUCUCUCCCAGCCCAACUGUCUGCUUUUUUACCCCACACUAGGGAUACUGGAACAUCCUCCUAUCAACCAAGUGGUAAAACGCAAGGCCUUCCCACUGAAAUCCAACACAUAGAAAGAAUCAUUUAAGAAACAGCUAGAAAGUGGGUUGGCUUAACCCCAUAUGGUCCAGAGACCUCAAGUAGUCUGUGAUGUCUUGGCCCACAACCUUUCCCAAGGCUUGGCAGUGCUGGUCCUUCCUGACAAUUUCCUGAUCAGCCCCGAGCUCCGGGAGAAACUAGAAGAA